AUAAGCAACAACAGAAAAGUGACAGUUGUUAGGUCGUUUUUUCGCGGAGUUUCUUAUGUACAGCUAACUUAUUAUUAGCGCUCCACGUGGCAAAACAGUUGGACUCGCCGGAAUCCCCACUCUUCUUCCGCACGCGAAAUCGACUCGUCGGAGCCGAUUGCCAACCAUCGUAUUCCUCGCUGGCAAGACCAUGAAGCAGUUCGCCAGAACCUCGCGUUAUUUAGGGUUUCAUCAUUUUUUUUUAAAUUUUGCUUUGAGUUUCAAUAUUUGAAGCUCUGUUUGGAAUUCGUUCCUGUUUAGGUUUUGCGGUUCAGAUUUUACGCCUAAUCCCAGGCAUCAAGCAUUCAAUGGAUGCCGCUACUUGCUACCAUUUUUGGUAAUGAAACGUGUUGAUAUUAUUGAUCGUAAAUUGCAUAAAGAUGAUAUUAUCUGCACUCUUGACUUCUGCUGGAAUCAACACGGCAGUUUGUGUGGUGUGCUUCUGUUUAUAUUCAGUUUUAAGGAAACAACCAAGCCUCUUCGAUGUCUACUUUGGUCAACGGAUUGCUCAUGUACGAUCGAAAAGAUAUGAUCCCUCCUGUGGCUUUGAACGAUUUGUUCCUUCUCCUAGUUGGAUAGUGAGGGCAUGGGAGACAUCUGAUGAAGAAAUAUCUUCUAUUGGGGGGUUGGAUGCUCUGGUCUUUGUCAGGACAAUUGUUUUCAGUCUCCGAAUAUUCUCCAUUGCUGCUAUUUUGUGCCUUUUUGUUGUGCUGCCACUUAACUACUAUGGUCAAGAGGGGAAGCAUACACGGUUUCACUCAGCGACGUUGGAGCACUUUACCAUUGAAAAUGUUAAGGAAAGGUCAGAAUGGCUUUGGGCACACUGCCUAGCAUUAUAUGUCAUAACAUGCUGUGCUUGUCUUCUUCUUUACUUUGAGUUCAAAAACAUCACGAAGAUGAGGUUGACCUACAUUGCUUCAUCUGUCUCGAACCCAAGUUAUUUCGCAAUUCUUGUUCGUGGCAUUCCACGUUCUCAGGAUGAAUCAUACAGCUCCUAUGUCACAAAGUUCUUUACAAACUACUAUGCACCAAGUUAUUUAUCUCACCAAAUUUUAUAUCGGUCAGGUGCUGUUAAAAAAAUGAUGACUGAUGCGGAAAAUCUGUACAAAAUGCUCAAAUUAUCUGCUAAGGAUCAACAAUGUGACUCAAAUUUAUUUAGAUGUGGCUUUUGUGGUACAUCAUCUUCUUUUAAGAUGCUUUCUACUGAUCCUGAAAUUCAAAAAGGAACAAGUGGUUUUGGUGAUUCAGAAUGGAGGAAUAAGGAAUGUGCAGCUGCUUUGGUUUUUUUCAAGACUCGGUAUGCAGCAUUGGUGGCAUCACAGGGUAUUCAAUCUCCAAACCCCAUGUUAUGGGUGACAGACCGUGCUCCAGAACCACAAGAUAUGUAUUGGUCUAACAUUUGCGUACCCUAUAGGCUCCUUUGGAUCCGUAAAAUAGCUAUGCUUGUGGCCUCUGUAUGUUUUGUGAUAUUCUUCCUUGUGCCCGUCUCUCUAACACAAGGACUUGUUCAUCUUGAUAAGCUACAAAAGGCAUUUCCGUUUCUGAGAGGACCAUUGAAAAGGAACUACAUUAAACAGCUUGCUACUGGAUAUUUACCCAGUGUUGUACUUGUAUUGUUUUCGUACUUGGUUCCUCCACUAAUGAUGCUAUUCUCGACAAUGGAGGGUUCCAUCUCUCGCAGUGGCAGGAAGAAGAGUGCAUGUGUUAAAAUUGUAUACUUUAUGAUUUGGAAUGUUUUUUUCGCCCAGACGAUUUCAGGCUCCGUUAUUGAUGGAUGGAGUGCUAUUGAUCAUUUGGGUAAAAACCUAAAUGACAUACCUAACCUGCUCGCUACAGCAGUACCACAAACGGCUACAUUUUUCAUUACCUAUGUGUUGACAUCAGGCUGGGCGACUUUGUCCAUAGAACUCUUGCAACCAUUUGGUAUUAUCUGGAGCUUUUUCUAUAAGCCCUUUCUGAGUAACAAGAAAGGUUCAUCUUAUGGAACUAUGACUUUCCCCUACCAUACUGAACUACCAAGAAUUCUACUCUUUGGGCUUCUGGGAUUCACAUGUGCUAUACUGGCACCUCUAAUCUUGCCCCCUUUGUUAAUUUACUUUUCCCUUGGUUACCUCGUGUACCGUAAUCAGAUUAUCAAUGUAUAUAGAACGAAAUAUCAAACUGGGGGACUGUACUGGCUUCUUGUGCAUGAUGUUAGUAUAUUUUCACUGGUGCUCGCUCAAAUAAUAGCAUUGGGAGUCUUUGGGACAAAAAAGUCAACAGUGGCCUCAGGAUUUACUAUACCAUUGGUAAUCUGUACGCUCCUUUUCAAUCAGUAUUGCAGGCAAAGGUUUCAUCCCAUAUUCAAGAACAAUCCUGCACAGGUCCUUGUUGACAUGGACCGACAGGAUGAGGAAAGCGGUAAGAUGAAAGAAAUCCAUCAAAAAGUGAUUUCAUCUUAUUGUCAAUUCCAAGGCACUUCACUCGCACUGGUUAACCCUGUGGCUCCAAAUCCCAGUGAGAACAUAGAUACUCCAAAAAUUAAAUGCAGCUCUGAAGAAGGCAUUGAUCCAGCCAUGCUACCUACCCAUCCAUCCGACCUACCUGGAGCAUGUGUUGGACUCCCAUCAUUGGAAAUUGAAGAAUUGCAUACAAAGUAGAUAAAACAAUAUUAUACAUUUCACCAAAAAAAGAUUACCCAAAAAACAACACCAUGCUUGGAAACUUGAUAUACGAGGAAGCAUGCUGUUCUCUGUAUUUUUUUCAAGAAGUCGUCAUCUCCUAGAAAUGGAAGAAUUGUAGGAAAUGGUUCCUUGUGUAUUUUAUAUUAAAUUCUCACCUUUCGAUGGGAAAUUCGAAAGGUUUGAUAGCUGCAAAGUAUAUAUAGAAUACAAGAAGUUCCGUAGGCUUUGGGUACUCACCCUGCUCCUCUAGGUUUUGUUUGUACACAGAUAUACACAUUUUCCAGUUCUGUAAAGAUGUUACCUGUAUAUGAAAUGAAGCUCAGUUAUAUAUGUGGGAAAUGCAGGGAAGAUAUUUAUAUAUUUAUAUGGGAA